AUCAAGAAACUAACCCCCUGAAUCCAAAACAAGUCCGAAAAAAUUUGAAACACUGCUCAGAUCUACUGAGGGACUCUCACUCUGGCCUCUCUAUGUGCGAGCUUCCCUACUUUCGACAAUGGCAGCGACGGAUGCAGACUUCCAUCUUAGACCGUCGCCUCAAUCUGCCAUCCCAAACGGUGAGUUCGCAUUUGCCGAUGUGGGGAAUUUGGAGCAUUGCAUUAAGUAUUUGAAUAAGACGCUUGUUACCUUCGGAUUCCCGGCGUCGCUCGAUCUCUUCGCAAAGGAUCCGGUUUCUGUUGCUCGGACUUGCAAUUGUAUGUAUGCCUUGGUUCAGCAGCGACAAAGGGAUGUUGAAUUUCGAGAGUCCGCUAACGAACAGAGACAGCGGCUAUUGUCAGACAUAUCAAGAUUAGAAGCUAAAGUUGAGAGGCUUGAGGGGCAGUUACAAGUCAAAGACAGGGAGAUAGCAACCAUUACACGAACGGAAGCUAAAGCUACAGCAGCUUUUAAAUCCCAAAUUGAGAAGCUACAGCAGGAGCGAGAUGAGUUUCAGAGGAUGGUCAUUGGCAAUCAGCAAGUUAGGACUCAACAAAUGCAUGAGAUGAAGAAAAAAGAAAAGGAGUACAUAAAGUUGCAGGAGAGGCUAAACCAAGUGUUGAUGGAGAAAAAGAAGGAAUCUAGAUCAGGCAUGGAGAUAAUGAAUUUGCUUCAGAAAGAAGGGAGGCAGCGUGGAACAUGGAAUGGAAAGAGGGCUGAUAAUGAUUUUCAUAAAAAGAUUGUGGAUGCUUAUGAGGCAAAAAAUCAAGAAUUAAUGGCAGAGAAUUCCGAUUUAAAGGCAUUAUUACGAUCCAUGCAGGUUGAUAUGCGUGAUUUCAUAAAUGCUCCAAAUGGGCUGUCCAAGCAGUCCCGUGAUGUAAAUGAACGAGUUGAAACUGACCACACCCAGUCUCCACUGGGUGGGAGGACGGAUGUCUUUGACUUGCCUUUUCACAUGGCUAGAGAUCAAAUAGAAGAAAAUCUUCGAAAUAAGAUGGCUUCCAUAAAGGAGCGUAUGGUUCAAUUGCAAGAUGCACAAAAAGAAGCAGAGGUUACAUCUGAAGUAACCGAGAGGGAGCUUGAGCUUGAAGCUCAACUUGUCGAGGCAAGGAGCAUAAUUCAAGAGCAGGCAUCCAUAAUGUCUAAACAAUUGGCCAAGUCCGAGAGGCCAAGGAAUCUGAAUGGCGGCCAUUUGAAUUCUGGCAGGGAUUCUAAUAUUUCAUCACCUGCUGAGGGGGUAAGAAAUUAACAAGCCUGGAGAUGAAUGUCAACAAGCAUGUAAACUAUUCUGUACUUUUUUCUGACCGAAGUAUUCACAACACUCAUUCGGUAUGUGACUGUAACCUAGAAGGCUAUUAAUCUGCAUUGCCGUGUGAUUAUUAUAUAGCUUUCCGGUUAAUCGAGUUUUAGCUUGUCAUUGUAUUUUCAUCUCUACUUUGUGCUUGUUCUUGCAAACUCCUCACUGUACUAGAUCUCUCAUUUGUUCUUUGCUGUCGUUCGUAUUGAUUUUUGUUACCUUCA